AGUUAAAGCGAUGAUAACAUACUUUCUAUUGAACACAGCACAAAACAGAUCACUAAACCUAAACAUACAACAGUGCGCGCUGCUAUCGUGCGCCCGACUCCCGUGCACCUAACGGUGCCACAGCACGGCACCUACGCACUGCGCCGGUGCAGGCGCCUAACGCGCCGCACACGCACGCGCGCACAAGCACCACUAACUGCUACCGUACGACCAACGAUUAUAGCUACCAACGAAGCAAAGUGACGUUAUGUAUAUGCGACUACUCACGGCGCCCCACAAUGUGUCCGCGUCCCACCUCCUUCGCUCCCCUCGCCUUCUCCCCCCACACACCCUCACCGAACGCUAUGCACAGCAUACAGCGAGCAGCCGCUACUCCUCCGGAUCUCUGUGCACGAGGCCUGCCGAUCGCCUUACGUGUGCAUGCGGGCAGGGUCACUACAGCAUCUUCGUCCACAACCUCCCCCCCUCAUCCUCUUUGAAUGACGGAUGCUCAGGCGAGCACCACCGGGCUGGAGUAAGCCAUGGGCACCUAGUACCCAUAGCCGCGCCCGCCGCCCACCAUCGCAGCGGCGCUCUUCCCGCCAGGCGGCAGGCUGACGCUCACGCUGACGGGCGGGCCGCCGUUCAUACCAUUCGCUGAGCCGUUCGUGACCACGUGCGAGCCGCCGUUCACCGCGGACACUACGGCGC